AUGGCGAUGAUAGGGUCUAUCGAAAAGUUCAACCCAAAAGAAUCUGAUAUAACGUCAUAUUUGGAAAGAUUGGAACAAUUAUUUAUUUGCAAUGCAGUCGAGGCAGAUAAAAAGGUAGCAAUGCUGUUAACAUUAUUGGGGGGAGAGGCUUACAAUGUUCUAAAAGAUCUCCUAGCCCCUGAUUUACCAAGUACAAGAACGUAUGUGGAAUUAAAGAAAGUCUUAUCAGAUCACUACUCCCCAAAAAGGCUAAUAAUAGCCGAACGAUACAAAUUUUACAAUGCGAUACAAGAAGGAAACGAAGACAUCAAAAUGUUUGUAGCAAAAUUAAAAAACCUCUCGCAAUAUUGUAGUUUUGGUCAAUUCUUGUCAGAGUGCCUAAGGGACAGAUUGGUUUGUGGCGUUCGGUCGUAUGCUAUCAAACGAAAACUAUUAUCAGAAGACAACCUUACGUUCGAAAGUGCGUAUAAAACAGCCCUUGCGAUGGAAUUAGCUGAAGGUCAAAUAAAGUCUAUGGGAGGCGAAAACAAUGUGUUGUCAGUCGCAGAAGAAUUAGAUAAAUUGUUUGUAAAGAAGAAAGUGUUCAAGAAUGAAUCGAAGUCCAGUCAGUCAAAAGAAGGAGGAACCCAAUGGAGACCUUGUUUCCGUUGUCUAAGGAAACAUGAUCCGAAUAACUGUCCGGCCAAGGGUUGGGAAUGCUUCAAAUGUAAGAAAAAAGGUCACACCAGUCGAGUGUGUAAGAGUCCAAAUGUCAAUGCAGUCGAGGAAGUCGAAGGUGAGGAGUCCAGUCAGGAUGAUUCACUAGUAUUAGGAUUUUUGUCAGUCCUAGGAUCCAUGAAAGAAGAUGCAGAAAAGGCAGUGUUAGAUCUGGAAGUACAAAUAGAUAAUAAUAUCAAGUUCGUGCACUUGGAUAAUUUACGUCCUAUGUUAAAUUCGCCCGAUACAAGUGUAGUGUUAGAAUAUAACGCGGCCAAUUCAGGAAUAAUGUUAGAACCAAGUGCAGAAAUUAGUGCUACAUUACCAGUGUCUGAUGUUUUGCCUAGACAUAGUAAUGAACCAAAUCUGAGUACUGUGCCAUAUAUUGUAAGGGAAGUUGAAAAUAAGCCAGAAGUAUCUGUUGAUACCAAUAAUAGUACAGAUACUACAGAUAGCUCAAUUUCAGCUUCCAGCCCAGACAAACCGCGUACUUCUCGU